AUGGAGAAGGCUAAACAACAUGCAUUCGACAAUGCCAGACUUCAAGUGAUCAAAAAUGGCUAUGAGAGGGCCUUUGAAUGCAUCAAUAAAGGACUCACUGUCGAUGAAGCUGGAGACAAGGCACUGGCCCUGGAGCUAUACAAACAAGGGCGCCAGCACCUUCUCAGGGCCAUCAGCGUGCCUUCUCGGGGAGAGGAGUGUGUCGGCAGCUCCUGGGAAUCGGCCCGACAGAUGCAGCAGAAGAUGCAGGAGACACUGAACAACAUCACCACUCGAUCAGUCGUGUGCCGCCCGGCCCUGGUGCCACAAACGUCUGAAAAAGUCCUCUAUCCCAAGCUUCCCACCCAAAACAAGCCAGAGAGGCCAGCUCCGCCAAACCUACUUUCUGUAGGAGGCAUGGCUGCAUCCAGCAGUGAGGGUCUACCUCUCUCAGCGAGUGGACCACCUGUGGAGGCAGCCGAACCGCCUCCAUCUUACUCCCCUCAGGCGGCGGAUGGCCACUUUUCGGUCUCGUAUGGAACGGAUGCGGGGGAACUGUCAUUGGUUGGGGAUGAAUUCUACAGUCGUACAUCUCACUCGAGACCAUCUCUCCAGAGUAUGGGUGAAGAUGGAGUGGAGCUGGUGUACAUCCCUCAUGGGGUACAGAUAUUCUUUGUCACGCCUGAAGGGCAAGUGAGCGCUCCAUCGUACCCGGGCUACCUGCGGCUGGUGAAGUUUACUGUCGACCAUGAAGACGGGAUGCCCAACCGACCACCAGCAUUUUUGCAGGUGUGCGACUGGCUCUACCCUCUCAUGGCCAUGGACUCGCCAGUGUUGCUGUGUAACACUGGCGUGUUCAUGUUUCCGGACUUGAUGGCGCCAACUCCAGGCUAUUUUGUGGGGGUGGUGUUGUCCUCUGAGCUCCCCGCCGCAGACAGAGAGCGGUUCCACGACAUGCUCUCCCAGAAUACAGAUCUCCGAGUUCAGGCUCCAGCUGAAACUGCAGACGCCAUUAGUCUCAGUCAGAAGGUGCCCAUCGCUCCACCUGAAGCGACUGCACUGACGGCCACCGAGGAGGAGAAGCCGCUGCCUGAGUGGAGUGAAAAGGUGGCGAGUGGGAUCUUGACAGGGGCGUCGUGGCUAAGCUGGGGCCUGGUGAAAGGAGCGGAGUACACGGGCAAGGCCAUUCACAAAGGGGCAUCUAAACUCCGAGAACACAUCACCCCGGAGGACAAACCCACCCACGUCAGUCCCGCAGUCACCAAAGGCCUCCAAGUUGCCAAGCAAGCGACAGGAGGAGCUGUCAAAGUCAGCCAGUUUCUAGUGGACGGGGUGUGCAUGGUCGCUGGCUGCGUGGGUCGAGAGUUGGCUCCACAUGUGAAAAAACACGGAGGCAAGCUGAUCCCGGAGUCUUUGAAGAAAGAUAAGGAUGGGCGUUCCAACAUAGAUGGAGCUAUGGUGGUGGCUGCCAGUGGAGUGCAAGGAUUUGCGACCAUGUGGACUGGUUUGGAAGUAGCAGCAAAGGACAUUACUACGAGUGUCGCAUCGGAGACGGUCACCACCGUAAAACACAAGUACGGGGCGGCAGCAGGACAAGCCACUGACCAUGCUGUCAAUUCUGCCAUUAAUAUCGGCCUUACUGCAUUCAAUGUUGACAACCUGGGAAUCAAAGCUGUGGUGAAAAGAACUGGCAAGGAGACGGCAAAGUCACUUUUGGAAGAUUACAAGCUCCAGGAAAAACCAGAGAAUGGGAAGCAAGUCGAGAAAUCGGGCAAAUAGCUGGCAGUGCCUGGCCUCAUUCCCUCAGCCACACCCUUUUAAAGUAUCAUUUGUAUUCUUCUAUAAAAUACAUUUUGUUAACUAAAUAUUCAUUAUUUAUAAAAACAUGUUCUAUAUUUACAAAACAAAUACUGUUCUAUGCAUAUCCUAUAGUUUGAUACAGCUCUUGAGCACUUUAAUCCUUGCUAAAUAAAAUGGAUGACCUAAAUUAAUAGAAGCGGCAGAUUUCUAAACUCAUUAAAACAUGGCCAUACAGUUAUAUUGACAGAUUCGGUUGUUAUCACUGAACCUGUGAGAUACCAGUUUCAUUCUGCUCUUUGUACUAAGCCAGGAAUUGUUGCUAACUAGACACUGGAAACGGUUCUAAUCUUUGUGAAGUAUCUGUGUGUUUGAGUUUAUUCCUGGAAGGAUAAGUGCAAUUUAUAUACUUUGAAUGAAUUAUGAAUAUAUAAAUACUACUACUAAUUAUUAUCCGUCUAUUUUGGGAUAUAAUAUCAUAAAGUGUCUGUUUUACUGGUGUUUAAGUUGAGGUAUAAUCACUGCUGCCUACUGUGCCUGCAAACAUCACAUAAUAUACAAAAAUGACUUAAUAGUCCAUGAUGGAUUUCUGUUAGACCUUCAUUACGGAGCUAGUUUCUUUCCAUCUCCUAUGAAUGAGAUGCUCAGUGCUAUAUUCUGAUAUAUGAUGAUGUUUAUAGUGUUUAAUAUACAAAUCUAGACAACGUUUACUUUGAAGUGCAAUGUUAACUUUGUUUGCAAACCUGUUGAGACUAAUUUAUUUGUGAGACUUUUGAAAGUUAAUCUAUUUUAAAUGGCUUUUCUAGUAUUUGAGUUGGGUAUUGUGAUUUAUUUCCCACCUAAAAUACUGAGAAUUUUCUGAGAAAUAAAAUGUAAAUUAAUAAAGGAAAUUCUGUAUUUAUUUAUUUGAGCAGUAUAUUUUUAAACAGUUGUUUUGUUUAAAUCUAAUAAACAAUACCUUAAACAUGU